AUGUUUGAUAAAAGUUUUAAUUAUUAGAUUCCAAAAACAAGUUCGAAUAGUGAUUAUGAGUAAAGAGAAAAAAGGGAUUUAAAAAAAUAGUUUAGAUAUGUAUCUGUACAUAAAAUGGUGCCAUCUGAUAGAGAUAAUUAUAUUCCACUAGUAAGUCCAUAAUUAUCAGCCUAUGCAAAACCAAGUGAGAGAAUUAAAUUAUAACAAAAAUUAAUGAGAGCAAGGCAAAAUCGAUCUGUUAACUUAUAUUCAGCUAAACACGAUCAAUUUAAUGUAACUCUUUAUUUUUUAUAAAGCAUUGCACUGAGGAUUCGUAAUUGAACAGCGAUGAUUAGUUAUUAAAGAUAGUUGGAGGCCAAAUGCUUUCAACUGGAGAAAAGUGCUAGUCUGUUUAAAGGAAAUUUAGAAGGAAACCUAAAAGUAUAAUUAUCAUAUUAGGUUUGCAGCUCAUCGAAAUAUAUUUUCAUUGUAUGUAUAAGAAUCCUUAGAACUCAAUUAAUUGAGAAAGAAAAUGAAUCCGCAACAGAAUUAUAGUAGAAUGGAUUCUCAUAUAGCUUAAAGAUUCAAUAAGACAUAAAUUGGGUUUAACAAUUCUUUUGAUUCAAAUUAAUAUGGGUUUUUAUAGUAGGGAAGGAAAUGUUAAAUGCAAUAAAAGUUCAAAGAUUUCUUAAAUUGA